AUGGCACCGUAUGAAGCUCUUUAUGGACGCAAGUGCCGCUCACCGAUCUUUUGGGAUGAAGUGGGGGAAAGGAGAGUUCUAGAUGCUACCGCAGUGCCAUGGAUAGAAGAAGCGGUGGAAAAGGUUAAAAUCAUUCGCCAGAGGAUAUUAACAGCUCAGAGCCGGCAGAAAAGUUAUGCCGACCAUCGAAGGAAAGACCUUGAAUUCGAAGUGGGAAAUAUGGUAUUUCUAAAGGUGACGCCACUCAGAGGAACUAUUGCGGCCAAGAAAGGAAAGAAAUUGAAACCAAGAUAUGUAGGGCCGUAUAAGAUUCAACGACGGGUUGGAACGGUGGCAUACCAGUUGGAGUUGCCAGCUAGCAUGUCUCGUAUUCAUAACGUUUUUCAUGUCUCGUUGCUUAAGAAGUACCAUCCAGAUCCUACCCAUAUUUUACAUCUUGAGGAUGUAGAGCUAGAUGAAUCCCUCACCUACGAGGAACAACCAGUACAAAUUUUGGAUCGCAAGGUGAAGGAAUUGAGGAAUAAGCAAAUCCCUUUGGUGAAGAUUUUAUGGAGAAAUCACGAUGUAGAAGAGGCUACAUGGGAAAUAGAGGAGGGGAUGCAGAAGAAAUAUCCUACCUUGUUUGCCCAGGAAGGAACAACAGAACAAAUACACACUGAGAGGAGCUAUUGGGGUUUCAAAAAUGGAGAAAUGAUCCUACUUAACCCCAAGGGUAAAGAGAAUUUGGAUCAUAGACACAAGGAAACUAUGGCAGAUAGACAGGAGACAACCACACAAAGUGAGGAAGGCAGGCUGGGGGAAAAGGAGAAAUCUAGGAUGACCAGAACCAAUGGGGUACAGAAACAAGAAGCAGAGACAAGCAAUUAA